CCAAAUGGUUAGGGAUGCUCUAAGUUUUAACAUCUGAUGAAGAGUUCAGGUGUCGGUUUCGGACUCUCGGUUUAAACCGGGCAGCCGAACAAUCCGAAGCAGAGAACACAGGACACCAGUUCCGGCGUUCGCGACAGAGCAGCACAGGAGCCCAAUGCCCGCGAAGGCCCAAUAGCUCCACUCGGCCACUCACCCAGCCAAAAUAGCAAGUGCCCAGCCCUAUCUCCUUCCUCCGUUCCUCGGCGGCAGCAGGCGCCCGCCGUACGCGCGCGACUCUUCAGCGGUGAGGGAGGGCAGGGCGCACCAUGCCACGGCAAGCGCGCGAUACGGAGCGGCGAGGCUCCUCAUCGGCGGCGGUGGCAAGGCACCUCAGCCGCGAGGGCGCGGCGGCCGGCGCAGGGUACAUGCUUUUUUUUAAGCCAAGGGUACAUGCUUUAUGCUUUGUUUGACAGGAGCUCGGAGGCGAAGGCGAAGACACCUCCGCCAAGGCGCCAAUCUAUUUCCAGCAACCGAAGAAGGCCCAGGGCCCAAGCAACCAGCAGAACACAAAGCCCACAAAGCGACCAGGCGACUCCAAUUCGUCGCCCGCCGACCGCCGCCGGGCGCCGUCUGCCAGCCUCUCCCCUCCCUCACCAGUCACCACCCCCUCCUUCGCCGACCGCCGCGCCUCUUCCGCACCACUCCUUCGCUGCAAGACAGUGCCAUGAGUUCAUGACACCUCGCCCUCCGCCCUGAAAGCUCACAGAACACAGGAAGCCAGCCUAUUCGAGACGAGCUCGAGCUUUGCUGCCUUGGCGAGCUUCAGCCGAAUCGAGGUCGAUCCUGGCGGCAGGCCAACAGGCAAAGCAACGCAAAACCCUUCGAAUCAAUGGAGACCUCCGCAGCAACCCCGACCCGGCCGCCCCACCCGGCGGCCGCUUCCCCAUCGCCGUCGCCCUCGUCGUCGCUGAGGCUGUGGAGGUCAGCGGCGCAGCGCAACGUGCGCAACCAGUGGUCGCAUCUGAGGACCGCCAAGGACCAGUGGUUGGCCGCCGUUGCUGACGGCCGCUCCCACGCCUCUGCGCUCGUCAACACCCACUUCUCCCGCAGGAACAUGCCGGCGACGGAUUUGGGGGUGCUCAAGGACAUGCCGGGGAUCCGCGAUAAAGCGAACUCCAAGUUGGCUCGUAGAGAGGAGCAAUACAGUGGCAUGCUUCUGUCGGCCUACAAGGAGAUGGUUCGUCAGCUGUCCUACUUGGUUAAAGCUUCCCAUUCUAUGCGCUGUUUUUCCAAAGCGACUCCAAAUUGUUCCAUCAUGCAGUUUUCUGACUGCCAAGAUGAUUUGAAUGAUUCAGGGGAUGGUGGAGGCGCCCCAGUAUUCAAAUGGUUCUCCAUAUUAGAAUUUGAGAGUCUUGCCCAGGAGCUUGUUGAGAUGUUUGUUUCGGAGCAAAAGUUGAAGAGGCUGCUACUCUUGGGAUUUCUCUCGAUUACUUUAAACGAAGGUGUAGAACAUCAGACAUCAUUAGAUUGGGGUGAUGAACUAUAUGAUGGUGAAUCAAACAAACUUCAGAGUAUUGGCCUUCAAUCAGGAGAUACCUAUCAACUGCCUGAAAAUUGGAGUGCAGAUAUUUUAGGGAGUCAGCGGCCUGGCAAUACCCCUUCGCACGAAGUUUCACAGGUUUAUUUAACCACUUGGCAUACUAAUAUGAACAUCAAGCUGAGUAGAAUUGAUGAAAUAUUUGAGCUUGUUGAGGAGGAGAUGGAGAUUAAACUGUCUUGAAGAUUCUGAUUUAUUUUGUUGGGCAAAUCAUCAAGAAGAAAUGGAAAAGGAAGAGCAAUCAGUUCACUAUACACCAGGUUUCUCUAUCCAGUGUCUUUCUUUGCCUUAGUAGAAGUCUUGAGAGCUUAGCUAUGCUCUUAGAAUAUAGUACUGCUCUCGAAAUGCACAUACAGAUCUAAGCCAGUAUACAAACCCAUAUUUACCCAAUGGUCACCCUGGAAACAUAUUCUAAGAGUUACGGAUCAUUCACCUUGCUUCAAUGUUCUGGGAUAAUGUAGAUGUGCAAUAUUUGCUUCAGUCACAUACUCACAUGUGUUAUGGAUCUUGGUGACAUGCUCCUGGAAAACACAUAUUGCUUUUGGUGGUUUUCAUUACGUUUAGAGCAUCUCCAAGAGACUAGGUAAAAUUAUAUUUUAAACUACAAGAUUUAGCCAUUGUGUAAAAUAAAAAAACUCACACAAAGCAUAAGUUCCACAGCAGCCUUUGUAUAGGAUAGCUAAGUUUAGGAAUAGCAAACUUGCUAUUUUAGCAAACCAGAUAACACAUCUGUUGGACUUUAAUUUUUGCUUUGAAAAUGUAAAAAUAGCCUAGAUAACAUGGAUAGCAUAUCUGUUGGAGUUGCUCUCAUGGAUUGUAGAUUUUUUGGUUAUCAUUAUUACUGACCCAGAGAAAGUAAGCUGUGGAUUACUCCAUGCAUGUAUGAUGUAAGUUGUUGUCCUAUGGUGCUGGAAGGAUUAGUGGGCACUGAAACGGGCACUGGGUACUUGGGUAGCCUGUGUGGGAAAAGGCAAGCACGCUGCUGCUAGGCUGUACUGUGUUCAGUUGCGUUGGCCCGCUGUGUCCUAUACCCAGGCUGGGCCUGUCAGCCCAUGAAUGUCCCUAGAUCCAAAAACUUUUACUUUAUUUUGCUCGGAGGAAAAAGAACGGCUUUUGCCUCCUUUUCUGUUA